UUAAGAGGAAGUUGGGGGGGAUUUGAGAGAAGAGAAGGCGUUUAAAAGCAGGUUGAAUCUUCCUCCUCCUCCUCUUCCUCCUCCUCCUCUCUCAGUCUUGCUCGCUGUUUCAUUUCUUCAGUGAACUCCUUUACGCGCGCCCAGAUGGAGCGGUUCUCCCACUUCCACCACCUCCUCCUCCUCCUCCUCCUGCUGGGAUUUCCCGUGCUCCCCUCGGCGGCCUGGGACCUGGUGCUGCUCCACACCAACGACGUGCACGCCCGGGUGGAGGAGACCAGCGAGCGCUCGGGGAAAUGCGGCGAAGGCGCGUCGUGCUUCGGCGGCGUUGCCCGGAGAGCUACGGAGGUGAAGCGGAUCCGCGCCUCCGAGAGCAACGUCCUCCUCCUGGACGCGGGGGACCAGUUCCAGGGGACGGUGUGGUUCAACCUGUACAAAGGAGCAGAGGCUGCACACUUCAUGAACCUGCUGCGCUACGAUGCCAUGGCUUUUGGAAACCACGAGUUUGACAACGGCGUGCAGGGACUCAUGAAGCCGUUCAUGCAACAGAUCAAGUGUCCCGUCCUCAGCGCCAACAUCAAACCGGACGAGACUCUGUCCUCCACCUUUGGCACCACUUACUCACCGUACAAGAUCCUGACGGUCGGAGGUCAGAGGGUCGGCGUGGUGGGGUACACCUCACAGGAAACUCCAGCUCUGUCCAAACCUGGAACACACGUGACGUUCGAGGACGAGGUGGAGGCGCUGCAGCCGCAGGUGGAAAAGCUGCAGACGUUGGGUGUGAAUAAGAUCAUCGCUCUGGGCCACUCCGGCUUCCUCAAGGACCAGGAGAUCGCUAAGAGGGUCCGAGGAGUGGACGUGGUCAUCGGUGGACACACCAACACUUUCCUCUACACGGGAAGCCCUCCUUCGAUUGAAUCUCCUGAGGGGCAGUACCCGUUCAUGGUGAGGUCUGAGGACGGCCGCCAGGUCCCCGUGGUCCAGGCCUACGCCUUCGGGAAGUACCUGGGGCACCUGAGGGUGUCGUUCGACGACUCAGGGAACGUGUUGAAGUCGUCAGGGAACCCCAUCCUCCUGGACAGCAGCAUCCAGCAGGAUCCCGAGGUUCUGGCGGAGGUGGAGGAGUGGAAGAAGCAGCUGGCCAACUACUCGACCCAGGUGGUGGGAAAGACUCUGGUUUUCCUGAACGGAGGCAGAGACUGUCGCUACAGGGAAUGUAACCUAGGAAACCUCAUCUGUGACGCCAUGCUGGACAACAACAUCAGGUUCUCCGAUGGCGUCCAGUGGAACCACGUCAGCGCCUGCAUCACCAACGGAGGAGGCAUCCGGGCAUCCAUCGAUGAACGCACCAGGAACGGUUCGAUCACGAUGGAGGACCUGAUCUCGGUUCUACCCUUCGAAGGAACCUUUGACCUGGUGCAGCUGAAGGGAUCCACGCUGAGGGACGCCUUCGAACACUCGGUCAGACGAUACGGAAACGGCCUCGGAGAAUUCCUUCAAGUUUCCGGUUUUCACGUGGAGUUCGACAUGGCCAAACCUGCGGGGAGUCGCGUUACAAGCCUGAGGAUCCUCUGCACCAAAUGCAGAGUCCCUGAGUAUGAGGACGUCCAAGAUGAGACGGUUUACAAAGUGGUGCUGCCGUCCUACAUGGUGAAGGGAGGAGACGGAUUCUCAAUGAUCAGAGACGAGAAGCUCAGCCACAACAGCGGAGACCUGGACAUUUCCGUGGUGGCCAGCUACAUCUCAAAAAGAAAGAAAGUUUAUCCGUCUCGCGAAGGACGAAUCGAGAUCCUCAACUCUGGGCUCCAGGUGAAAACCAGUCCCCUGGUCCUGCUGGUGUCUCUGCUGCUCUGGAGUCUGUGCGGGAGCUCGUGAAUGUUUUUAACCUGUUUUUAUGAACUUCACGAGGACUCGAGUGUUCAAAGACGAACCGUGUGUUUUUAAAGUCCACGUGGACGAAGGUUUGGACAAAAAAAACCAAACCACGUCCUCGGAGGGAAGCGGAGCCGCUGCAGUUCCUCUAACGGCCACUAGAUGAGACGGACGCGCGGAAUAAAAACACUCUUCAGGUCAAAACAGUUUAACUCGUUCCUCCAGACGGAACGACUUCAUAUCAUGUAACAUGUUUGUGUUCUCUGUGUUUUGUUUUAUCUCCUUCCUGGAACCGUACGAGUCUUUAUUCAACAUGUUGUAACUAAACGACAUAAACUUCUGAAAACACAAA